GGCUCUUUGCGCAAGCGCAGUAGCCGCGUGGUCGCCAUUGGGCUGUCAGUCUGGCGUGCGACUGGAGGCUGAGGUAGAGGUUGGAAACAUGGAAUUCCAAGCAGUGGUGAUGGCUGUGGGAGGGGGAUCCCGGAUGACAGACUUGACUUCCAGUGUUCCCAAACCCCUGCUCCCUGUUGGCAAUAAACCUUUGAUCUGGUACCCGUUGAACCUGUUGGAACGCGUCGGAUUUGAAGAGGUCAUCGUGGUGACAUCCAAAGACGUGCAGAAGUGUUUGCCGUAUACAGAUUUCAAGAUGAAGCUCGAUGUGGUCUGUAUCACGGAUGAGACCGACAUGGGGACAGCUGACUCCCUGCGCCACAUUUCUCAGAAAAUUAAGACAGAUGUGUUGGUGCUAAGCUGUGAUCUGAUAACAGACGUCGCGCUCCAUGAGGUUGUGGACCUAUUCCGAGCACAUGAUGCUUCACUUUCUAUGUUGAUGAAGAAAGGCCGGGAGUCCGUAGAACCAGUCCCAGGACAGAAAGGGAAAAAGAAGCCAGUGGAGCAGCGGGACUUUGUUGGUGUGGACAGCACAGGAAAGAGGCUCCUCUUCAUGGCUAACGAGGCCGACUUGGACGAAGAACUCGUCAUUAAGGCGUCGAUCCUGCAGAGGCAGCCUAGAAUACGUUUUCAAACAGGUCUUGUGGAUGCCCAUCUCUACUGCCUGAAGAAAUAUGUUGUCGAUUUCCUGGUUGAAAACAGGUCAAUCACAUCCAUCCGGAGUGAGCUGAUUCCAUACUUAGUUAGGAAACAGUUCUCCUCGCCAUCAUCACUGCAGGGACGAAUUGAAAAAGAGCAGACCCCAGAGAAGAAGGACCAAAAGUGUGUAGAUAUUUAUAGCUUCAUCAAGGAUAAUGACCUUUUGGCUGUGGAGCCCCACAAUACCUACUGGAAGGACUGUCACGGGGAUGGGCAGGAAGCCUUUGCUCAAGGCCGAGUCAGCUGCUAUGUCCAUGUCAUGAAAGGGGGGGUCUGCUCUCGAGUGAACACCCUGGGGCUCUACAUCGAAGCCAACAAGCAGAUCCCCAGAUUGCUGCCUGUUCUCUGCCCUGAGGAAGCCUUGCUUCAUCCGUCUGCACAGAUCUCUGACCAGGCCCUGGUCGGGCCUGACAGCAUCAUUGGACCAUCUGUGCAGGUGGGUGAGAAGACCUCCAUUAAACACUCCAUCCUUGGGUCCAGCUGCCUCAUAAGAGACAGAGUGAAAAUCACCAACUCUGUGCUCAUGAACUCUGUUACCAUUGAGGAAGGGUGCAACAUCCAUGGUAGUGUGAUCUGUAACAACGCCGUUAUCGAAAAAGGUGCAGAUGUCAAGGAUUGCCUCGUUGGGAGCGGUCAACGGAUAGAAGCCAAAGCCAAGAGAAUGAAUGAGGUGAUAGUGGGGAAUGACCAGCUCAUGGAGAUCUGAGGUUGCCAGUGUCUGCAUCCCUCCUCCGAAGUCUCCCAAAGGCCCUGCCUUUGCCAACCACAACUACUUUCCUGUCUGGCUUGGUUUGUAUUGAUCUCCCAAUAAAGACAUGUCUCCAGUGGGCUCCAUUGA